GAAAUCCCACUCGCCUCGCCUCGCCUCGCCACCGUAAGCCCGUAACAAACAAAUCUUUCCUCUUUUCUUCUUCCUCCUGCUCCCGGUCUGCCCGCCGCUAACCCCUACGAGCAAGCAAUCCUGCCUGCCCCACAGGCACACCACCCCCCCACGGCCUCCAGAUCGGAGCUGGCGAGUCCCGGACCCUACUACACCUGCUGCUCUGAGUGAGGCGGCCGGGCUGGGGGUUGGUCGCUUCCUGGUUGGCCGCCCACGACCAGUUCUUGAUCCCGGACUGCUUCAAGCGGGCCGGGUCUGGUCGUUUCUUGGUUGAACUGAUUGGUUGCUGCUGACUUGGUCGAUCUCCUCUUCUUCCAUUGCUGCUUCGUCGUGUCGGCUGGCCAUUGCAGUUGCACACAAGGUGUUUGUUUGGCGGCAGGGCGGCAGCGGGCGCUGCUGAGCUAGGUUGCUCGCUGGCUUCUUCGUUGGUGUUAAGCGGUAUGCCAGGUAGGUAGAUCUGCUCGGAGGGACGGCCAUUCGACAGUUGCUGUAUCAAAGCUGGAUAGACAGGCAGAUCUUGAGAGACGCCGAUCACUGUUCUGCCGCUCGGACGGACCCUGUUGAUUCGUAGCUCUCAAGCUUUACCAUGCUGAGAAAUCCUUGCUGAGUGUGGAUAAACUUCACAUAGGAGGUUUCUGAGGCUGAACCAGGCGCUUUUGACUUGUGAGGGCUGAGGAUCAGUAAUUAAUCAAAUCAUGUGGAGACCGUUCAGGCAGCUCAUGCCCAAAGAGCAUUCCGGGCCUUCUGGCGGCCUCGAGGGCCGAACCAUCGAUGUCGGCAAUGUGAAGGUGCACGUCCGGGAAGCCAUUGCUGAGGGUGGGUUCUCGUGCGUGUACCUCGCCCGGGACCUGACCAACCCAGCAAAGAAGUACGCGCUCAAGCACGUCAUUGCCCAGGACAAGGAGUCGCUGGACCUGGUGCAGAAGGAGAUCACGGUGAUGAGGGCGCUCAAGGGGCACCCGAACGUGGUCACGCUCGUUGCGCACGCCAUAAUGGAUAUGGGCCGUGGGAGGGAGGCGCUUCUGCUGAUGGAGUUCUGCGAGAGAUCGCUGGUUUCUGCCUUGGACACUAGAGGUACUGCAGGGUUCUAUGAUGAGGAGCAGGUUGCUCUCAUCUUCCGGGAUGUUUGCAAUGCGGUGUUCGCGAUGCACUGCCAGACACCACCUGUUGCUCACAGGGACCUAAAGGCCGAAAAUGUGCUUCUUGGUGCUGACGGGGCUUGGAAAUUAUGUGAUUUUGGUAGUGUAUCAACAAACCAUAAGUGCUUUGAUAAACCAGAGGAGAGGGGCAUUGAAGAAGAUGUCAUCAGAAAGCAUACAACUCCUGCUUAUAGGGCUCCUGAGAUGUGGGACUUGUACAGGAGGGAAGUUAUUAGUGAGAAAGUAGAUAUAUGGGCUCUUGGAUGUCUCAUGUAUAGAAUCUGCUACUUAAAAUCAGCUUUUGGUUUAGAAUCAAAGCUUCAGAUCCUCAAUGGGAACUAUCGUAUCCCUGAAUUACCGAAGUACUGUUCUUCCAUUACAAGUCUGAUCGAAGAGAUGCUUCAGUCCUCUCCAGAUGCCAGACCAGACAUUACACAGGUAUGGUUUCGUGUUAAUGAGUUACUUCCUUUGGAGCUGCAAAAGGAUUUACCUGAUGGAUCCCCAUCUGGAUCAGCAUUUGAAUUGCAAACUACUGAGGAUGAAGGACCUUCUUCAUCACGGUCAAGAGACAAUGUGAGAAAUACACCUCCGAAAGGUCCUUCCAUUUUGAGGUCACAAGUUCCUGCUGAGAGUAAGGGUUCUGCAGGUGCAUUUUGGUCAACUCAACAUGCACAAGAACUAGCUUUUGCGGAUGACAAGGGGUCAGUUCUAGAUCAAGAGCCCAUACAUGAUGGCAUAGCAAAGCAACCUCAGGCAAAGAACCAGAACACAACACGGAAUGCAUACAGACAGUCUCUUUCUGCUUCUGUUGAUAGUUCUCCUGGGGAUUUUGAAAUAAGGUUUUCUCCAAAUGGUUCAGAAUAUGGCCUAGAGAAAACCCAAAACACUAAACCAGAUAACAAAACCAGUGCACAGACUGCCACUUUUAGCUCCUUUGUGGCAGACUUUGAUAAUGUUAAGGUGAGCUCAGAGGACAAUGCCGGUAGUUUAAACGCGGCAAGUAAAUUGAAAGGACAACAGCUGGAGGCCGAAGUAACUUUACUCAAGGAGCAAUUGAAGAUAGCAAACUUAGAGAAGGAAGAAAUCUCACUGAAGUUUGAUAGAUUGUCAGCCAUUUGCUCCUCUCAGAGGCGGGAGAUACAGGAACUUAAACAAGCGCUAGCCACAACUUCUGCACCAGUGCCAGUUAAGGAGUUGAAAGAAAAUUUGAAGGCUGAAUUCUCCCCACCCAGCACAAGCCUUGACACUCCGCCAAGGGAGAAGAUUGCAGGAACCCCACCAGAGCUCCGGCAAGGUCUAUUUACAUCAAGUCCAGGGACAGCAAGCCCAGAUCCCAAGCCAUGGUCCGCUUUCCCUGAAGAGCCGAAAGCUCAAGCAGCUGUAAAAAGUGCCCACCCGAGGUCGGUCCGAACUUUAAGGGCAUCACAAAGCAACAAAGCCGGCUCGCUUAAUCAGUCAAAAACAAACUCUGGUGCCGACCCCUUUGCCUUCGGUCAAGAUAGCUUUAAGGCUGUACCUUCUGGCACCGUGCCUUCUGAGAUGUCAAAUUUGGGGAAUGCUUCUCAGUCCCUCAACACUCUUAAGGCUGAAGUGGAGAAAGAUGCACCCUACCAACCAGCUGGAUGGACUGGGUUUUAAUGUGCUAUCGCCAAUAAGGAUAUUUGGUAUCUGAUGAGACUAUACUCCUAUAGAAUUACAGAAAUAUGGUCCAUCCAUUGUAUCAUAAUCAUAUAAAUUGAGUGGUGUUGAGAGGGAGCAAAAUGAGCCCAACCCAGGAGUGCCAGAAUUGACGUAGGUAUGUUCGCCAAUGCUUUUGUAUAAGUUUCUCUGGUACUGAAAUUUAGUGACAUGCAAAUGUUUCACUGAAACCUGUAACUUGCCAGAUAAUAGAAAUACUAAAGGAGAAUUUUCCUUUUCUUUUGUUAAAGUUUUUUGGUGUUACAUCUUUAAUAUUCAUAUAAUUAAAUCUGGACACACGUGACAUGGUAUAUAUCUUCAAGGGAUGUAGCACUAUCAAUGUUUGGACACAGCAUGUACACAUACCAAGGUAAUACAUUGUCAUCUUUCGAGACUUUUGAAAUAAUUAUUUUAUAGUAAUAUGCAAUGUUGAGAAUACUGUUCUAUUUUGGGGUCAGCACAUACAUCUUGCAAGCAUGAGAAUCCAUCUUGUUCGUCAGGUUUCCUUGCACUGAUGAUGUAACCUCAUCCUGCAAGCACAAAAAAUCAUACGCAGAAAAAGCGGGCUGAAGAACAGUUUUGUAUGCAAAUCAGAGAAUGUUUUGUGGUUUUAACCAGGAGGCUCAUAUGAUUAGACGAAGUGCUUACUGUCCACAGAUCAUGAGCAUCUACAACAGCUGAUUGGUUUAGACCAAUGUUGCUCCAACUAGCAGUAAUAGAUGCUUCAGCAGGCCCUCUGUUCCACAGCACAAGAGCAACUCUCCCUCGACUUAAGCGACCAGCCCAAACCUAAGCCCAAGUAAAUCAAGUAUAGAUGAAUUAUACUAAGUGUUGAACAUAACAUGGUACUAUGAUUUUUGCCUACCACAUGAUACUAUAAAUAAAAAAGCUUAUGUUAUAUUCCUUUUACUUACUUCUAGUUCUCCAUCUUGUUGCACUUUGCGCCCUUGUACCCCAAGUUUGUCUAAUGAUGAAUCGGUAAAGCUUAGUACCAUCUUUAAUUUUUCACAUGACCAUUUUGGAGAAGUGACUCUACCUUGAUUAACUGCAAUAACAUUCUGAUUGCUGAGGAUGUCCUUGGUUUCAGGGCUCAUUGAGCUGACAUCGCAGCCAAUUAUCAGAGGAGCCUAGUUGAAUCCAGAUCAACACCAUAAUCUUGUGAAAAUUCUUCCCUAGUUUACUUUUUUUAUCUCUCAUGCAAUGAAAGUCACUUCAUCAUUACCUUGACUAGAGCCCAUAUGCUGAAAUGACAACGGUUCUCUUCUAUUGUCAUCCCCCCGUUUCCUACUUCCAGCAUGUCUGGGUCUGAAGCAGAAACAUUCAAAGAGAUCACUGUGAAUUGUCAUCACAAACAUUAAAAAAAAAGUUGGGAACAAACCCCAGAUCCUACAUCCAUCUUCCUACGCACUUGCAUGCUCAAAUUUUAUUAUGGGCCUACAGAGACUAACCAUUCCAUCCACCAGGCCCUGCAUAAGGUGCCCACUUGUCGUUCUUGUCAGCGUUGUCCGUCAUGCUGCCCAAUUUGCAGUAGUAUUUCAGGAUAGGAAUUAGAAUCUCCAUCUACACUUUGCAGAAGUUUGGAAGGGGCAGUAAAAGUUCUCCAGGAUGUAAACUUCUUCACCUUUCCCAUGUGUUCUUGAUGUCUUCUGUUGUCCUCCAGCUGUUUGCAAAGCUGCCUGCCCAUGUCGCUGGAUCAUCCACACCCCUGCACAUCAUUGUUGUUUUUUCUCAAACAGAUGAAUGAAAUUCGAACCCUCCCUUUUGGAAAGCAAGAAUCAGUUACCAUUCGCAAAGGGAGAAGAAAACGUCCCUUCCAGAAUUCAUAAGGGCUUCACUCAUCCUGUUAUAUCUGCAUUUUUGUUGUGAAUAUGUCAAAAUAUCUAAAUUCGGAUGAAACGUGACAAGCUUCUAAGUUCCAUAAUUGUAAAGGGUACCUUGUUAGUGGGCUGAUGUUUUGGUUGUUGCAGUUGUCAUACUUCAAGUAGUCAAUCCCCUUGUAACACAACAAUUUAGAAAAAUCAGUUUUUCUCCUCCUUUGGAAUCCCUACCAGGAAAACCAUUUUUGACAUGUGUAAGUUAUAGAUGAUCUAAUGAACAUUUUAAUUGGUUUACCCAAGCUGCCAAAGUUCUCGCAUCUUGGUCUUCGUAUCCUAGCGAACCGGGCUGUAUCCUGCUGCAAGUUCGCAGUCUGAAAAGAGAGAGUGGUGCGAUUUAAGCAAGGGAGAGAUCCAUGUGGACUGGGGUACUUGUCACGUCUCGCGUGUUCCCAGUCAUAUCAUAAACAUUUUGACCGGCUAAUUUUUUGCGAGUUCUCUAUAAAGCGCAUACCCUGCAUCGCCGUAGACUCCGAGUUUGAGCCCUUUCCCGUGCACAUAAUCUGCUAAGGCCCUCAUUCCUGAUGGAAAUGUUGUUCCAUUUGCAGCUAGAUUGCCCUGUAAAAUAACAGUCGGUCUUUUUAACGACUGAACGAAACCUAUGAAAAUACGUCAUUCUAACAUUGCAGCUGAAAAGCUUAUGCUGGUUUCACAUGGUUGAGGAUCAAUAAUGGAUUUUAAAUUUUGUUUUGCUCUUUCUAUUUACACGCAUAUCAUCUGUUCUAUUAACAUGUACUACUAGUCACCUGGGAGUCUCUGUCAUGAGCUGCCCAACAGUCGUCUGCAGUUUUAAAACAAAGAUAUCCACUGUGAAUAUUGCAGGCCUCAUUUCUAAACAUGAAGAGUUGAAAAGGGCGAAAACCAAAGAGAGCGAGAAAUGCGAAGCGAUUACCUAAGUUGACAUGCUCAUACCCCAGUUUCGCAAGACCAGUAUCCACCAUGGCAUCAGCUACACAAACACAAUGUGAUUUAUUUAUAUAUUGCAGCAAUGCAAGGUUUGAUUUUCCUGGCUAAGAGAGAACAAGGGAGCACCAUGCUUACCUAUUUUUCGGAUUAUCACCUCGUCUAUCUUGCAGCCGAAGUGGUUCCAGCUAUUCCACCUGAAUACACCGUGCUGUCAGUUCAGCAAGACUUGAUUGUUGGAAAUAUUUCAUGGAGAAGCAGAUAGAAACCAGUUCUCCCUGUUCGGUUUAGAGGGGCUUGAAGAGGACUCGGGUCUUCUUUGGUUCAUAGGAUAGAAAUAUCAUAGGAAUAUGAAACUUGUAGGAAUUGAGAUGUCAUGUAUUCUAAAUCCUAUGAAUAGGAAUAGAAAAAUAGAUGUCCGUUUGUUCACAUCAUAGGAUUAUUUUUUAAGUCUAGGCUAAUGUUAUUUUCCUGAGAUGUGGAGGAUGGGAACAAUUCCUCCAUAUGAUUCUAUUACUACAAACCAAAGGACUAUAAAAAGAAUUUUUUCCUCUUGAAAA